UCUGUGCUUAUAUAGCUAUUCUAUUCUACAAGAAAUUAAACUUAUAAUGUGAUAAAGGUUCAAGAAUGUUUGCAGUUCACUGCACAGAGCCAUUAUAUUGUAGUAUUUUAUGAAAGGGCCAAACAUAUUUUUGCCUUUUGGCUAUGGAGUGUGGUUGUAGUUGUAGAUAACGUUUAUCUACACUCUAAAGUAUCUUAUCUACUAGCUAGUAUUUACAAACGCUGCCCGCCGAUUUGACACAACAAACUUCAAACUAAAUAAAAUUAACAGUUACAAACUUAAAAUAAAAUAAUUUUGAAUAUUCAUAUCUACGAAUACAAAUCAUGUCAUCUACUAAUUCAUUGGAAGAUAAUAUAAAAAAUUUAGAACAAUACAUUGAAUAUUUUUCAGACUUCCCUAAACCAGGAAUCUUAUACAAGGAUAUAUUAUCAUUGUUUAACCACAGUGAUGGAAUAAAAUUGCUGGAGAUAAUAUUGAAACAAAUUAGCAUUCAAUUGCGUGGUAAAGUUGACUGCAUAGCAAUGUUGGAAACUCGUGGUUUUAUGUUUGGUCCAAUACUUUCUUUACAUCUUAACGUACCAUGCAUACCUGUCAGUAAAAAAGGAAAUUUACCAGGCCCCGUCAUUGAGUGGCCAUAUAUCUUGGAAUAUGGAGAAGAUAUUUUGACUGUACAGUUAAAUAGCAUUAAAAAAGGACAGAAGAUAUUCUUAGUGGAUGACUUCCUUGCAACUGGAGGUACAUUAGAAGCGGCUUCAAAAUUAAUUGAAAAAGCAGGCGGAGAAGUUGUACAAGGAUUAGUAUUAAUGGAAAAGUGUGAAUUAGAAGGACGUAAAAGAUUAAAUUUUCCAAUGAUAGCAUUGAUAUCUGAUUAAAUGAUUGCUGGCAACAAAUAUAUAAUUUUUUUUUGUAUUUUAAAAAUAUUUUACUAUUUAAAACAACUAUUAAUAAAUUAUUAA